GGCAUUUUGAGAUGAAUGCAAGGAUUAUUGUUUCGUAAUGAAAGCAAAACAAAAGCAAGCAAAAACACAAGACUGGAUUGAGAAAGAGCCGGAGCAAAAUACUGUGAGACGUGGAGCUAUGGCGGUGUUGAGGUCUCCCAAAGUAUUUUAGUGCGAUAGAAUGGCAUUGUCACCUCUUCACCCCGCUUUGUUUGCUUUGUCCCCGCGCCCGGCACUUUCUUUCCUCUUUCGGAACGCGACCCGACCACGAUCCUUGGACGCGACUUCAACUCUAGACUUGUUCAACCUCCAUUUGCGACAACACACCCAUUUCUCCCAUCUUCACGAACACGCCUACCAAUAUGGCACCUUCGGCUUCGGAGGAUACAAUCAUCAAAGCGCUCAAAGAUGGGGUCGUUGAACUCUACCGCAAAGAUCCCGACGUCUUGACUGUUAAAUACGUCCGCAAUCACGUCGCAAAGGAUCUCGAUAUCGACCCCAGCUUUUUCUUGACACCGGAAUGGAAAGAGAAGUCGAAGACGACCAUAAAAGAAGCCGUGGUAACUACUCACUCCCACGCAAUGCGACUGGAUUCUAAUCAGUGCUUUCGCGUAGAGCCAUGUACAGGACCAAGCGGGGGACGCGGAUGUAAAGGAACCCACACCACAGAAGAAGAAACCUGCCCCACCAACAAAGAAGGCAGCUGCUCCGGUAAAGAAGCGUCUACAAAAAGCUACCGCGGCAGCCAAAUCGAAACCAGCAAAACGGCAGAAGAAACGGCAAGCUUCGUCCGAUGACGAUAACGAUCAAUCCGAUAGCAGUAUACUGAGCGAUUUUGACGAGACUACUUCGGAACUCAGUGAUGCACCGAAAAAGAGAGGGCGUAAGCCGAAGGCAUCUGUGAAGUCAAAAGUCAAGAAGAGAAAACAAGUCGCAUCAGACGAGGAAGAUGAGGACGACGACUUGAGCGACGAGUCACCAGAGGAUAGUGAAGCCACUCCACCACCAGAAAAGAAGCCUACCCCGAAGAAAAAGGCAGCUCCCAAACCCAGGAAAUUGACCAAGGCAUUAAAGGUCCAAGAUUCAGAGGCUGAGCCCGAGGAGGAACCAAAGAAGGCCACACCAAAGAGGAAAACGUCAACCCCUAAAUCCAAGAAAGCAAAAGCCGGUUCCGAUGUUGAGUCCAUAGCAAGCUCGGUACUGCUCUCAACGCCGGAAGGCUCUGAUGAGGAAGAGCCUAAUAAACCAGUUGCUUCGAAAUUGAAAAAGAACCUUGAAGGGCGUCCAAAAAAUAAGCCCAAACCCCGAGACUCCGAAACAGAAGAAGAGCUCACACCCCCGCCGCUUAGCAAAGAGGAAGAGGCAGAGCAGGAUAAAAUAGCCGCUAAAUUUGCUGCCUCGAAAGCAGCAGAAAAGGCCGAUGCGUCAGAAUCAGAAAUGUCAAUAGUCAUCGACGAAGGACCAAAGCCAAAACGCAAACGCAAAUCCAGCGAGAAAGAAAUCAAAGAACCCAAGUCUAAGAAAGCAAAAGGAGAGUCCAAGGCCAAGACCUCCAAGGUCGUGCUCUCUCCCCAAGAAGAGCAGAUCAAAACUCUGCAAUCCCAGCUCGUUAAAUGUGGAAUUCGCAAGAUCUGGCAAUUUGAACUCAAAGAAUACAAUGAUGACUCCAAAGCCAAGAUCGCUCAUCUAUCCAAGAUGCUGAAAGACGCCGGGAUGGUGGGGAGAUUUAGCGACGCGCGAGCGAAGGAAAUCAAGGAAAUGAGGGAAUUGCAGGCGGAUUUGGAGGACGUACAAAAAGGUGAGCAGAGUUGGGGUAUGACUAGUGGUAGGAGAUCAAGGAGCACGGCUGUAAAAAAGAGCAUGAAGCUUCCAUCCGAGUCUGAUGAAGAGGAUGACGAGGAGGGAGGGGGACAAAAAAGGACAAUGAGAGCAAAAACAAACGAGGAGGAAUCCGAGGAUGAAGAAGAGCGUGCAGAAAAGAUACGCAAGGCUCGCGCGAAGGCUGGAAUCGUGUUUUCAGAAUCUGGGUCGGAUAGCGACUAGAUAACUACUUAUUCUUGUUGUAUAUUGUAUCAGUCAGAGUUACAUUACAGUACCAGGAUACAUGAAAUUGAUAUUCACAGGUAGUUGUGAACAUGUUUUAUCUAUUGGCCAAAAUACAC